UUAUGUCUCUUUUUUAAGUUGGUUUUUCAAUGCAUUAUGAAGAACAGAAUUAUAUUCUGCGCUGCAAUCUGCCUGGCCAUCCUAGCUGUUAUUCUCUUGGCCUUGCUCUCGCCGGUAUCCCACAGAAAACAGGCCAAGCACGACAGCAAACCUCCAUGGGCGGACCUAUCCCUUUACAUUCAACAGCCACAUUCUAAGGCAAAUUCCAGAUCUAACAAUAUGCAGCUUGUACCAAGUCCAGAUUCUGGGAUUUUUGUCUUCCGACGAAUGCUUACAAAGGGACUCGAGAACACUUCCCAGAUCGUCGGAAACGCUCAAGGUUUCAUCAUUCCUAAUGAACAGUUUGGUCGUUCGUCGUUCAAUAUCAUCUAUCUGAGUUUCGACACACCGGAAUAUUCGGGCAGCUUGAGCGUCCAUGCCAAACAUAUAGGGCAUGAGAACAGAGAAGAAAUGACAGUGGUUGGGGGGACAGGGUCUUUUGCUUUUGCACAAGGGAUAGCUAUUUUUCUUCAGACAGAGAGGCAAGCAUCUGUUACGGAUACAUCUUAUCAUUUAAAGCUUCAACUUCAAUUCCCCAAAUGAUAAUGAUAAUGCAAAGUAGUCCCACAUGCAUCUUUCUUUGAUGAUAUUUGCAAUUUUGUGUUCCCCUGAGGAAGCAUCCUCCUCAUUCCAGUUGUAAGAACUGACCGAGUAAGAAAUUCAUUGAUGUUCAAAUAAAGACUAAUACAACUUGAGAGAUGGUUUUGUUCUUUUUA